GCGCCGAGGCUUGAGGACAGGGAAGCUGCGCCAAUCAACGCGCGUCCGCCGACGUCUGUUAUAACGGCACCGAUCCCGCGCGUGCUGCUCAGUUACUCUUGUUCGCCCGCGCGCGAGUGUUAAAGCGAACCGUAAAAAGCGGCUCCGCAUCACGCUGGACUUUUAUUUAAGUUGUUUUCCGUUCAGCCGCGUGUAAAGACGCAGUCGGUGUUUGUGAAGGAGCGCGGACAUGAUCGGGUAGAUUGAGUAUUUGUGACAGUUACAACCAGUUUCCUAUUUAAGGUCCCCAUAGGAUGGACAAGAGUCUUCUCCCAGGAACCACAGAUAUUGUCAUGGCGAGUCCUCCCAGUUCAUUUCAGCAAGAAGCUCUCACUCCACCCAGAUCCAACCACUCGUCUUCCAUGAAACCCAACCAGGUGGGUCAGGUUAUCCUGUAUGGAGUGCCCAUUGUCUCACUGGUCAUUGACAACCAGGAGCGCCUCUGUCUGGCCCAAAUCUCUAACACUUUGUUGAAGAACUACAGUUACAAUGAGAUCCACAACCGGCGAGUAGCCCUGGGCAUCACAUGCGUGCAGUGCACUCCAGUGCAGCUGGAGAUCCUGAGGCGGGCCGGCGCUAUGCCCAUCUCUUCCCGUCGCUGUGGCAUGAUCACCAAGCGAGAGGCUGAACGACUCUGCAAGUCAUUUCUGGGUGAGAACUCACCUCCCAAGCUUCCUGAUAACUUUGCGUUUGAUGUGACACAUGAGUGCGCAUGGGGCUGCCGUGGCAACUUCAUCCCUGCUCGCUACAACAGCUCAAGGGCCAAGUGCAUCAAAUGCUCCUACUGCAACAUGUACUUCUCCCCCAACAAAUUCAUCUUUCACUCACACCGCAUGCCCGAGGCUAAGUACACCCAGCCCGACGCCGCUAACUUCAACUCCUGGCGUCGGCACCUCAAGCUGUCAGACAAGUCACCUGCGGAUGAUCUGGUGUUCGCCUGGGAGGAUGUGAAAGCCAUGUUCAAUGGGGGCAGCCGCAAACGGGCACUGCCUUCUUCCCACUGCUCCUCCAUGGACUCUGUAAAGGCUGUCAGCUCAGUGUUGCCUCACAUGAUAUCUUCUGAUCUAGGCCAGAAGCGGGGCAGGUAUGAUGAUGAUGAGGACCUAGAUGCCAGCAGCCUCUCUCCUCAUAAGACCCCACGCAGUUACCCGGUCAUUCCUGUGCCCAGCAAAGGUUUUGGUAUGCUCCAGAAAUUUCCACCUACUUCGCUCUUCCCUAGCCCUUAUACCUUCCCAGCAUUCGGGUUGUGUCAGCAGAAGAAGGAUGACAGUGAGGCUGUGAACGGGCAGAAAAAUGGUGCUAUCUCUGGCCUGCUUUGGCCAGGCCGCAAAGACACAUUUUACCCUCCUUUUUGCAUGUUCUGGCCCCCAAGGGCUGCAGGGGGAAUCCCAGUACCGACAUACCUCCAGCCUCAGCCCAAUGCUCUUUCCACUCUCACAGAAACACCCUCCCUUCGUCAGGCCUUCCUUGACCUGAGUGAGCAAGGUGACAAUGCCACAGGACCUGGGACUGGUGCUGCCAUAGGCACCAAUCCCAGAGCUGGCUUGUUUGAAAGUGACUGCCCCCCAACCUUGACCCCUGACCUGAGACCUGCCCAAGAAGGCUGGCUCAAACUUCUAGAUGCUCCAUCUCUGCAAGCCCGCAAGGCCAGCUACCACUCCGCCUUUCGGCCAGUGGUAAAAGACGCUGAAAGCAUCGCCAAGCUUCAUGGCAACCUGGAGGAGUUUGGCACAGAGAGGCAUCUCUCACCUGGCACCAGCUGCAGCUACCAGAGUGAGAGUGCAGAGAGCGAUGAGGAACAGGAAGUGGAUGUGGAGACCAAGCAGGACGAAGAGCAGGAAGACUUCAGCAGCCAUGUAGCUUCGCAACCGCAGCCGUGCAGUCUUCAUGUUUCACGACUCACUGAAGGCACCAUAGGCGACCGAGAUAAAGACACACCUUCCUUCUCCACCAUCCCCCCUGAAAGCUCUACAGAAGACAAACCAGGCUUGGCUGUCAGUUCACCCACCAAUCUUAAAGAUCCAAGCCCUAUUCACGCCUCAGUGGAGGACACGGCUGCCUACAAAAAUUCACACAAGGGCAGAGAUGAAGGGCUACCAGCGUAUGCAGCAAAAGACAAAACAACACGAGCAGAAGAAAAUAAAGAACAGAGUAAUUUCUUUAUCCCGGAGACAGAAACAUCUGCACCAGAUUACUGGAGAGAGAGCACAGCAGAACAAAGUCAAGAAUCACACACGCCUGCAUCACUCAAGAAGGAUGUUGAAAACAUGGAGAAAGUGAGCCUGAUGAUGCACUUCAAUGAAAGAUACAAGAGUCAAGAAUUAUCAGACUUUUUGAACAAACAUGAGGAACUCCAGAAAGUUCUGCUGGAGCAGAUCGACCUACGGAGAAGACUAGAGCAGGAGUUUCACGCCCUCAAAGGCAGCUCACCUUUUCCUGUUUUCCACAACUUUCAAGACCAAAUGAAAAGGGAGCUGGCGUACAGAGAGGAGAUGGUGCAGCAGCUACAGAUGAUUCCCUAUGCAAACAUUAUCAGAAAAGACAAAGUUGGAACACACCUGAACAAAAGCUAAAAUGGGUUGGCCACUGAUAUAUUCCAUAUGGACAUUACAGGCUGCUCUCAAAUUGUUUUCAAACACAUUAUCUGGAUUUUUCUCGACAAAUCUAAUCUCUAAAGUGAAUCCUUGUUAAGGAAAACUACGCUCAUCAUCUGCUCACCAACAUUUUCUCGAACAAACCAAUGACAAACUAAACGACGUUUUUAACGCGAGUAUCUCAAACCUCAGCACUAGUCCUACAUGACUCCCCAGUCACUUUCUGUACAGUGAUCUCAUUUUGUGCAUUCAUUUAUGUAUUUAUUUAUUUAUUGAUUGAUUGAUUGAUUUGUGUAUUUAUUCAUUAAUUUAUUUGUAAAAAUUUGAACUGUGUAUAAAUAUACUGGCUAUAAAAAAAAACAUAUGUCCAGAAGAAUAAUGCCUGGGGAUUAAACACACAGCCUAUUCGCUCUAAAAUGAAGAUUAUAUCUCAGAGCACUUGUACAAGCAGGCAAACUUCUUUACAUGUUUAAAUACAACACUGACAAACCUAAAAAUAAAGAAUGUUAUUAUUGCUAAUGCAAAGGUAUUUAAAUAUGUUCUUGUAGUUUCUCUACUAUUUAUGUGGAUAUUAAAAGUAUAUAACAUAAAAAAAAAUAGAUUUUGAUAUAUUUCUUUGUUGUUUAGCCCUCAUGAGAUCAUAUCCAUAUGAACACACUUUAAAAUCAAGUUACAACAAAAGAUAGUCAGCAUAUUACAUAAUGCAGUGAAACAAAAUCAUAACAAAAUCGGAAUAUAUCCCAAUUGCUUACAUUUUUAAACAAAUACAUGUACAGUACAUUCUCAAAAUUGAUAUUCCUAACACACAGUAUUGAUAUUGACUCUGUAUCUCUAGCCCAAGGAUGUCAAGGAG